CCACCUUAUCCAACCCAAAACCUUAUCAGUUCUGUUUACAGAGUCGGGGCCUCAGAAGGAAGAAGGAGAAUGGCUUCCAUGGCUCAGCAAUUCAAUGGGCUGCGAUGCGCGCCUCUAUCUUCAUCGCGUCUCUCGAAGCCGUUUUCAACGAGGCAUCUGCAGAACAGGGCCCGUUCACUUCCUGUUCAAGCUGCUGUCAUUACGAGCCCCAUUCCCAGUCCACAGGUGAAGGAGCGUUUCAAGCUCAAGGAGAUCUUUGAGGAGGCAUAUGAACGCUGCCGUAAUGCCCCUGUAGAAGGCAUCUCCUUCACUGUCGAGGAUUUCCAUUCCGCUAUUGAGAAAUACGACUUCAAUUCUGAAGUCGGAACUAAGGUGAAAGGUACUGUGUUCUGUACGGAUGGCAAUGGAGCACUCGUUGACAUUACUGCCAAGUCUUCUGCAUACUUGCCAUUGCAGGAGGCUUGCAUUCACAGAAUAAAACAUGUUGAAGAAGCAGGAGUAUAUCCUGGUUUGAGACAGGAGUUUGUCAUUAUUGGUGAGAAUGAAGCUGAUGAUAGCUUGGUUUUGAGCUUAAGAUCCAUCCAAUAUGACCUGGCUUGGGAGAGGUGCAGACAGCUUCAAGCAGAGGAUGUUGUUGUCAAGGGUAAGGUGGUUGAUGCAAACAAAGGUGGAGUUGUGGCAGUUGUGGAAGGCCUAAGAGGGUUCGUCCCUUUCUCACAAAUAUCAACGAAAUCAACUGCUGAAGAGCUUCUCAUGAAAGAGAUUCCUCUGAAAUUUGUGGAGGUUGAUGAAGAACAAUCAAGGCUUGUCCUUAGUAACCGUAAGGCCGUGGCUGACAGCCAGGCACAGCUUGGAAUUGGAUCAGUGGUCAUUGGGACGGUUCAAAGCCUUAAACCUUAUGGUGCCUUCAUCGACAUUGGUGGAGUCAAUGGUCUUCUUCAUGUCAGUCAAAUCAGUCAUGACCGGAUAUCAGAUAUUGCAACAGUUCUUCAGCCUGGAGACACUCUCAAGGUCAUGAUAUUGAGCCAUGAUCGUGAGAGAGGCCGAGUUAGUCUUUCUACCAAGAAAUUAGAGCCCACUCCAGGGGACAUGAUUCGCAAUCCAAAGCUUGUCUUUGAAAAGGCUGAGGAGAUGGCACAAACUUUCAGGCAAAGAAUAGCCUAUGCAGAGGCAAUGGCACGUGCAGACAUGCUUAAGUUUCAGCCUGAGAGUGGAUUGACUUUGACUACUGAUGGAAUAUUGGGACCAAUGACCCCAGAGUUGCCCGUAGAGGGUUUAGAUUUGAACGAUGUUCCUCCAGCUGAAGAGUGAAGAUUCAAAGCUUUCCCACUGCUGUGUUCUGUACACUGUUUCAAAUUGUACACAGAGGUCAGCCCUUGUAAUUUGGUACGCAACUUAGCUCUUCAUGUCGUAGCUUACUGUUGAAUGCUUAAUGAAAGCCUUGCCUCUUCAUUUUCAUUCUCUACUUUUUUGUUUCAUUGGUUUCGGCAUGGAAAAUGAAAAUUUGUUUGAUCAACGCUCUUAUAUUCCAUUCUAGUUGAUGUUGGAAAGAAUUCCUCUGAGCUUUAUGUAUUAAUGAAUGUAUUUUUACUCAA